CUUCCGCUGUUACUUGUAUGCGCGUCUAAACUUCCGGUCGAACACUUCCGUGUUAUGAUAGCGUUUGACAGCUGGAUACCGGUAACCGGCUUUUACUAUUUAGAAGUGUACAAUGAGUGUGUUCACAAUAAAAGAAAGACGACUGACCUUUCAAAGGGUGGGGACAUCGGCACUGCACUGUUGUGUACCUCAGUGUACGAAUUCUUCGAGGUACAAUAAGCUACUUUCCUUUCAUUCAUUUCCCGUUGACCCGGCGGUACGGGCCGAGUGGCUGAGGAGAAUCCGAAGGGAUAAUUUCAGUCCGACGAAACAUUCAAAGGUCUGCAGUAGGCACUUUAAAAGCACAGAUUUUGUCGUGACAGCCGGGGGACUAAGAAAACUCCAAAAGGGAUCAGUCCCUGUUCUGUUUUCUUGGAACGGGUUUGAGCUAUCGGCACCUAGACCGAGUGUUUGGGAGAGGCGCCCGCGGCCAGAUGUGGAGAGUCCCGAUGUCUCUGACAACGAGAUGGAAAUCGCGGCUGUAGCUACUGACCACGACUACUCGGUGUUGCCACAAACGGUGAUACGAGCAAGUGACUUGGUUGAGGACAAAGAAGCCUUGCGUCGGAGGAUUUUGGAGCUGGAACAGCAGAUCGAGGGGCUACACCUGCGGCAGAGGUUUGGGUUACAUCGUCUGACAGCGUCGGAUGACAGCAUUCGGUUCUACACCAGAUUUGCGUCCUACCAGCAUUUCCAGGCAUUUUGGAGACUUGUGGAGCCUGCCGUGAAAAGCAAAAUGGUGAGGAUUACCAGCUCGAAAACCGCCUCAAACAGCAGCAGCAGUUCCCCUCAAACGAAACUUCCAGCUGUUGACGAGCUACUGCUCUUCCUGAUGUAUCUAUCAGUGGGUUUACAUCUCAAUGACCUUGCUGAGAGAUUCAACAUCCAUCGCAGCACUGCAAGUCGGAUUGUGUCUACUUGGACACAGUUCUUGUACACUUUGCUAGGAAGCAAGCGUCUUCGGCUCCCAUCGGAAGUUGUCAGAGCUCACUUACCGCCUGAAUUUGCUGCCUUUGCUGACACACAGGCAGUGUUUGACUGUACUGAGAUUUUCUGUCAAACACCAUCCUCUCUUCUCCUACAGUCUGAGGUGUUUUCUACCUACAAAUCGCAUCCAACACUCAAAGCGAUGAUUGGUAUGGCACCACAUGGUGCCAUUACCUUUGUUUCAGGACUGUACGCAGGGUCCAUAAGUGACCGAGAGAUCUUUAAGCUUUCGGGGAUCACAAAGCUGCUGAAGCCAGACAUGGCAAUAAUGGUGGACAAAGGCUUCCGUGUGGAUGACCUUGUUCCCUGUAAAGUGUACCGACCAGCCUUCCUCUCCAAAAACAAACAAAUGAGUCGGGAGAAUGUCAGGCAGACCCAGUCGAUUGCACGUCUGAGAGUGCACGUGGAGAGGUGCAUAAGGAGGGUAAAGGAAAACAAACUUUUUGACACCGAAAUACCACUGUCUGUAUGUGGAAACAUUGAGCAGCUGUUCAGUGUUGCCUGCUUUCUGGUAAAUUACCAGAACGGGCCACUAGUGAAGGCGUGGGCAAUUCAGCAAUGAAUUGGGAGCACUUUCAAUCAGUUCAAUCAGCAGUUCUUACAAUCAGUUAAAAUGAAUAGUUCUUUCAGUCAGUUCAAAUGAUCAGUUCUUUGAGUCAGUUCAAACGAUCAGUUCUUUCAGUCAGUUCAAACUAUCAGUUCUUCCAAUCAGUUAUUGUUCAUUUUUAGAAAUCUAUACAAAACCUGAACUGAUCUUUAUUGUUUGUUUGUGCAAAUCUCUACCAGUGUAGAGGUUGUAUUGUUCAUUUUUAGAAAUCUAUACAAAACCUUUAAGACGUUGUAGACAGUUUCACCUCAGUGCUUCCAAGAUGACCAAGUUGGUAUCAUAUGUAUUGUCCAGUUUUACAUGGAUUUGAAAGUCUGCUUGUCUGUAAAGACUGUAGAAGACAACAAAACAUACUAACCUAGCAUUCUGUCACUUUAGCCCCAGUUGUCACAUCAAUUUCAGUACUGCUAUCAGUGAGCGCAUCAGCUCUGCUAUCAGUCCAGCGUUAUAAUGUCAUUAUACUGCAAAUGUUGUAAUGAGAUGUGUGCAUAUUUUGAGUAUGUAAUAAUAUAUUAUUAAUGUAUUAAAUUACAUAUCUUCCUAUGAAUAUUA